GAAGCGUCGCUUCUCAGAGUGCACAGUCGCUUGUCACGUUGCCCUUCAGCGCCGUCCACGAAUCCGUCUCGACACUUCAUCAAAAUGAAGAAAGAGCAAGGGAGGGAAUGCAUUUCGGUCCACAUCGGUCAGGCAGGCGUGCAGAUCGGCAAUGCCUGCUGGGAGUUGUACUGUCUGGAGCACGGCAUCCAGCCGGACGGACAGAUGCCGUCCGACAAAACCAUCGGAGGCGGCGACGACAGCUUCAACACGUUCUUCAGCGAGACCGGAUCCGGCAAGCAUGUGCCGCGUGCCGUCUUCGUCGAUCUCGAGCCCACUGUUGUCGAUGAAGUGCGUACUGGCACCUACAGACAACUGUUCCACCCGGAACAGCUGAUUACAGGCAAGGAAGAUGCAGCCAACAACUAUGCGAGGGGCCACUACACCAUUGGCAAGGAGAUCGUCGACAUCGUGCUAGAUCGCAUCAGGAAACUGAGUGACCAAUGCACGGGUCUGCAGGGGUUCCUGGUCUUUCACUCGUUCGGGGGAGGCACCGGAUCUGGGUUCACGUCGCUGCUCAUGGAGAGGCUGUCGGUCGAUUAUGGCAAGAAGAGCAAACUCGAGUUCUCCAUCUACCCGGCGCCCCAGGUGUCGACAGCUGUAGUGGAGCCAUACAACUCUAUCCUGACCACACACACGACCCUGGAGCACUCAGACUGCGCCUUCAUGGUGGACAACGAGGCGAUCUACGACAUCUGCCGACGCAACCUGGACAUCGAGCGACCAACCUACACCAACCUCAACCGCCUCAUCGGGCAGAUCGUGUCCUCCAUCACCGCCUCCCUCCGCUUCGACGGCGCUCUCAACGUCGACUUGACGGAGUUCCAGACGAACUUGGUGCCUUACCCUCGAAUUCAUUUUCCGUUAGCAACCUAUGCACCGGUCAUUUCGGCGGAGAAAGCCUACCAUGAGCAGAUGACUGUGGCCGAGAUCACAAACGCUUGCUUCGAGCCGGCCAAUCAGAUGGUCAAAUGCGAUCCUCGGCUUGGAAAGUACAUGGCUUGCUGCAUGCUUUACAGAGGUGACGUGGUGCCUAAGGACGUGAACGCGGCGAUUGCGACAAUCAAGACCAAGCGCACCAUCCAGUUCGUCGACUGGUGUCCAACCGGCUUCAAGGUGGGCAUCAACUACCAGCCGCCCACCGUGGUGCCCGGUGGUGACCUCGCCAAGGUGCAACGCGCUGUCUGCAUGCUGUCCAACACGACGGCGAUCGCUGAGGCGUGGGCCAGACUGGACCACAAGUUCGACCUGAUGUACGCGAAGCGCGCAUUCGUCCACUGGUACGUCGGCGAGGGUAUGGAGGAGGGCGAGUUCAGCGAGGCUCGCGAGGACUUGGCCGCCCUCGAGAAGGACUACGAGGAGGUCGGGGUCGACUCGACCGAGGGAGAGGUCGAGGAUGGCGACGAGUAUUAGAAACUGCCACUAAAAACACCAGCAUCACCACACUAAUAAAUUUUUAAACACCCAACAACUAUCUACUGCCUUUUCUACAAAAAAAAAAAAAUGGUAGAUGCCUUUAAAAUUGAUAGAUAAACGAAUUGAAACAACUAUUACUGCCUUCUGCAUUUUCUACAAGAAAAAUACUAGAUGCCUUUAAAAUUAAUAGAUUAACGAAUUGAAACAACUAUUACUGCCUUCUGCAUUUUGUGCAAGAAAAAUACUAGAUGCCUAUAAAAUCGAUAAAUUAACGAAUUGAAAUUUUUAUCUAUACAGCCUUCUGCAUUUUCCACAAGAAAAAUACUAGAUGCCUAUAAAAUUGAUAAACAAACUGAUAGCUUAUAGAAAUGUCUUUUCUUUAGGGCUACUUUUAAUAUAAAUCUCAGAACCCUUUUAAAUUAUUUUGUCACAACAUAUUUCGACAUGAAAAUAGCAUUAAUGUCCGAAAAAUGUUGUGACAAAAUAAUUUAAAAGGGUGCUGAGAUUUAUAUUUUUACUUAUAGAAGUGAUAUUUUUGACAACAACCCAAAGUUUUCAUUAUGGAUAGAUAUCUCAACAUUUCACCAGCAACAGUAUCUGAAACUGAUAGCUUUAACUUAGCUCUCAGACAAACUUAAGAGCCAUAUACACCAUCUUCGUUUAAUGCUAAACCAUGAUAUCUACUGUAAUUCAUCUACAAAAACCAAAUAGUUGAAAAAUUAAUAAAUUGACGAAUAGCUUAUACAUAGUUCUCAGACUUACUUGGGCCACUACCACCCUAAACAAAACCAUAGUGCAAGACAGGUGGUUGAUGAUGACGUCAGCACAGGUAGGGCUCCUACACCAAUAAAAUCACUAGCUGAUAUAGAUCAGCUGAUUUCAACAAAUUGUUAUUGGUGUAGGAGCCCUACCUGUGCUGACGUCACCAGAAUCCACUAUGGCUUUGUCUACGGAGUGCUUGGGCCCGUUUGCACAGUAAAAGCUAAAACUGAAUUGAAUCAGCUGGUGGCUUAAACUCAAAAUGAGCCCACAAUAUACAAAAAAAAUUUCUGAACAAGUGGAACGGAGCUUCCGCCCAAGCUUGUGGCAGUCUAUUAAAUGACAUGAUGUCCAACAACGAUUAUAAUUAUUUUUUGACUUGGAAAAUCUGUUAAUUGGAAUAUCAAUAAUGCCUACUCUACCAAUAUUCCAAUAUUAAUCUGCGUUCAUAAAUAAUCCAAUAAUUUCACCCUGCAUUUUAUUAAAUCAUUGACCGACUAUAUAAUUAUAUUUAAGUAGCCUACCGGUACCGUUUGAAUCCAUUCUGAAUUCUAAUUGAAAAUAUUGUUUGAUAAGACCCGUAGAAAAUGUUGUACAUAAUAAAGAAAAACAAUAGGCCUACACAGUUUUCAAACACACUUAACUUAUAUUUAUAAAGAAAGGAAAUUUAUGUUUUAGGUAUUGUAGGUUAGUUCAUGUUGUAUGAUGUUUAUUUUUUGUCAAAGUAUUUCUGAUAUCGAAAUUCCCUUAUUUAAAGCACUGUAUGUGCAUGCCUUAGCUAAUGUACCAAAGAAAUUUUCAAAAAAUCGUUUGAGAUCGAUUAAGUUGAACAGAAUGAACCUGUUAAUUUUUAUUCCAACAAUCAAUAUUCUUAUAUUUUUAUCUCAACUGGUAUAAUAUACUGUAAUGCUAUCCAUAAAGCUGACAUUUCUAUUCUUCGAUCAAAAAACGAACAUUGAGUUCACCAUUCCAAUUAUGACUCUAAAACAAGUUCUGAAAUACAAGCUAAAACACAAUUUAUGUAUUUUAUUUCUGUAUAGAUGCAAAUAUUUUUGAUUGUGAAAUGUACACUGUAACUAUUUUACGCUCAUCCUGUUUUCAAAAAUAAUUGUAAAAAUAUUGGCAGAAACUAUAUUUAAAUUACCGUACAGUACACGUUCACCCUAUAAAUAUUCACAAUACCAAAUAACGCAAUCUACUGUACUGCUACGGUUUAAUAUUAUAUUUCCAAUAUUGUGGCAUCAAUUCAAUUGCACACAGUCUCACUAUUGAGUUGGAAAAUAAAAGUUCAACUUAACAUGAUAAUCUAUACCCUAUGUGAGUAGUAUUCAUAGUUGUAACUGUACUUCAAUUUCAAAUUAUGAUUUUAAUCUAUAAAAUAAUUUUUAGAUAUUGGACUAUAUUUAUUUAUUCUAUUAAUAAUAUAUAUUUAUUUUAAAAUGAGUUUCUCACAACGAAUCAUCACUACGUUAUUGAAUAUACUCAAUAGAUUUAUAAUUUAUGAAAUAGCAUUUAGUGAUGCACGGUGAUAUCCUAAUUUGAUGUAUUUUAAUUUUUAUAAAACAGUGCCUUCUUGUUGGUAAAUAUAAUUGUAUUAAUCUUAUUUAACCGCAGCUUUCCUAUGAUAUGCUAUUUGUAGUAGAUAUUAGGAAGCAGCCAAUUAUGGGCGCCUAGUUUUAAUAAUUUUCAUUAGUAAAAAUGUUAUCUCAAAUUAUAUCAAUGAUUCCAACUUGUUAACGAUAUUUUGCAUUUUUAUACUACGCGGUUAAUACGAAACGUUGAAAUAAAUAUUUAUUUAUCAUGAUUACAA